CUCAUAGCUCCCCGCGACUUCGGCUAACGGGAAAAUAGAACAAAACUCUACUUUGGUGCUCUGAUCAGGCCUCCGAAAGAUGGGAGACUACAAUGAUGCGUUCAUGCGCAACAACAGAGACGCCGCGGUGCAGGCGCGCACGAAAGCCCAGAACCGCGCAACCGUUCUGCAAUUGAAACUGAUUGGACAGAGCCAUCCAACUGGCCUUACAUUUAACCUUUUGAAGCUUUUUGAGCCUCGACCUCCUUUGGAGCACAAACCACCUGCAGAGAAAAGAAAAUGCCCUCCAUAUACAGGAAUGGCACAAUUUGUGAGUAACUUUGCUGAGCCAGGAGACCCUGAAUAUGCUCCUCCUGUCCAAAAGGCUGAAGCUACAGAAGAAAGAAGGGCUAGAAUUCACAAGUUACGGCUUGAAAACGGGGCUGCAAAUGCUGCUGAAGAGCUUAAAAAAUAUGAUCCUAAUAGUGAUCCAAAUAUAUCGGGAGAUCCAUACAAGACACUAUUUGUUGCAAAGCUUAAUUAUGAGACCACUGAGCACAGAAUCAAAAGGGAGUUUGAAGCUUAUGGGCCGAUCAAGCGGGUUCGGAUGGUUACUGAUAAAGUGACAAACAAGCCUAGAGGCUACGCCUUUAUUGAGUAUAUGCAUACCCGGGAUAUGAAAACUGCAUACAAAAAAGCUGAUGGAAGGAAGGUUGACAACAGAAGGGUGCUUGUGGAUGUUGAACGUGGUAGAACUGUUCCAAAUUGGAGACCUCGCAGAUUAGGUGGGGGACUUGGAUCAACCAGGGUUGGAGGUGAAGAAGUUAAUCAAAAGCAUUCUGGCAGAGAGCAACAGCAGAUAGGUUCAGCACCUAGACCUAGGUCUGAGGAGCCAAGGGCCCGAGAAGAUCGUCAUGCUGAACGGGAGAGGGAGAAAUCUCGUGACAGAGGAAGAGAUCGAAAACGUGAACGAUCCCAUGAUAGAACAAGAGAUCGAGAUGCAAGGGAAGAAAGACACCAUAGAAACCGUGAUAGGAAUAGGGACAGGGAUCGGAAUCGUGGGCGUGAUGAUAGGGAAUGUGAUCAUGGUCGAGAUCGAGAUCGGGACCAUGGUCAUGACUAUGAAAGGGAUCAAGACAGAGGUAGAGACCGGGAACGUGAACGUGAUCAUGACCGUGGAAGAUCUUAUGACAAGGAGUCGGAAUAUGACCAUAGCAAGCUGAAGAUUGAAAGAGGCUUCCAUGGUGAAGGGGACAAAGGAUAUGGUCAUGAGCCUGACCAUGACCAUGAGGUGUAUGAUAAUGUUGAGUCUAGGCACGGAUAUGGGCAUCCAGAGGACAAUGAGCGAGGACAUUAUGACCUUACGACCACCAAGGCUACGAGGCCACAUGAUGAUCUCGAGCCCCAGGGUGACCAUGAUGGUUACAAAGAUGAUGGAGGCCGAUGAUGACAAAGAUGACCGAGCAGUUUCGGAGUCGCGUGAAAGGGAGAAAAUUCGAGACCGACAUUUUUGUGCGAGUCUGAAAGACGUUUUCUCUGGGGAAAUCAAAACUUGUUACCCCUCAGUGUGUGGGUGCUUUUAAAAGAACUUCAAUCUUUUGUGGUUCUCACGAUCGAUGUUUUUAAGCUAAGUUUGUCUUUUCAUUGUUUUGUUUAGGCACAAGAUGGAAUAUGUGAUAUUUUGGAAUUGGGUUUUUGGCCAUAAAAAGUUAAAAACUGCAAUAAGUCAUUAAUCAAA